GAAUAGGAAUCCUUGCUAAAUGGGACAGCAAAGCGCACCGCCCUGAAUGAUGGCACGUCAUCCUAACCAGCCCAGGAUAGAUAGGAGGGCUCCUUUUGUCUCUUUUCUCCGCCGCAGCUCUAUAAAAGCCCCUCUUUUUCAGCGUGAGGUUAGUUCAAGCACACACCAACUAGCUGUCCAGGAAGCAGCCUAACCAGAGAGAGGGGCGUGGGAGGGAGAGAGGCGGGGAAAAGCAGCACCUCCGCUUUUCUUCUCACGUCUUGCCGCGGAGAAGUGGGUUCCUGGGCAGUGCAGAUUUUUUUUCUUUUAAUUCAAGAUUUUCUUUAAUUUCCCGCCUAAAGCCUCCCCACGGUAGGGCCGCAUCCCCUGUAAUAAAAUGAAUUCUGAUUCGAGCUCUGUCUCCAGCAGAGCUUCAUCUCCGGACAUGGAUGAGAUGUACCUGAGGGACCACCACCACCGCCACCACCACCACCAGGAGAGCCGUCUCAACUCGGUCUCGUCCACGCAGGGCGAUAUGAUGCAGAAGACGCCCGGGGAAAGCCUCUCACGGGCUGGCGCCAAGGCCGCGGGAGAGAGCAGCAAGUACAAAAUCAAGAAGCAGCUGUCGGAGCAAGACCUACAGCAGUUGAGGCUGAAGAUCAACGGACGCGAACGCAAGCGGAUGCACGACCUGAACCUAGCCAUGGACGGGCUGCGCGAAGUCAUGCCCUACGCGCAUGGGCCGUCGGUGCGCAAGCUCUCCAAGAUCGCCACACUCCUGCUCGCCAGAAACUACAUCCUCAUGCUCACCAGCUCCCUGGAGGAGAUGAAGAGGCUGGUUGGCGAGAUCUAUGGGGGCCACCACUCGGCCUUUCACUGCGGGACCGUGGGCCACUCGGCCGGCCACCCCGCGCACGCGGCCAACGCCGUGCACCCAGUGCACCCCAUCUUGGGCGGCGCGCUCUCAUCUGGCAACGCCUCGUCACCGCUGUCCGCCGCCUCACUUCCCGCCAUCGGCACCAUCCGGCCUCCCCACUCGCUGCUCAAGGCGCCCUCCACGCCGCCCGCGCUGCAGCUGGGCAGCGGCUUCCAGCACUGGGCUGGUCUGCCCUGCCCCUGCACCAUCUGCCAGAUGCCGCCGCCGCCGCACCUGUCCGCUCUCUCCACAGCCAACAUGGCCCGGCUGUCGGCCGAGUCCAAGGACUUGCUCAAGUGAGCAGCGGGCGGGCCCGGCUGCCAAGGAGGAGGGAGAGCGGCGGGAGGGGCCGCGGUGCCGGGCCGGGAGGGAAGAGGGAGGCUGCGCGCUCGGACCACGGGAGGGCGGGCUCCGGGGCCCGCAGCCUCCCACGCUGUCUGAGAGAUCUCAGACUCCACUUGACCCCCGGAGGGAAAGGACCAAAAUCAAACUGCAAUUUCUAGGUGGUAGCAAAGGGGGACUCGAACCAGACGUCGUGUGUUUUGCAUGCAUGCUUCUUUUCCCCAUGCCGCGCCAGUAUUUCUCACUGCCAUAUGCUCUUGUCAAAACUGCAUUUGUUGUAUAAAGAUGGGAUCGGUGUAGUUAAAAACUUGCGAAGGGACUUUUGAGUUGGCUUUCUCUGACUCUGUGUUCUCGCUUUGGAAAAAGACGGCCAUCCCUUUUGUGCAAAACAAAUGUAAAUAUUUUCUUGAGAUGGAUGCGAUUAUGAUUGUCUCUGUCCUUGCCACAGUUUUUCUAGAGACAAUGGAGAGAGAAAGAGAGAGAGAGAGAGAGAGAGAGCGCGAGAGAGAUCAAGACCCAAGUUUUGAAUCUCAACCGAGGUCCAGGGCAUGACACCUCCUAUGUGGGUUUUCCUUUCCACGCAGUGUAGGUCAAAAGAAUGCAUGCACGCUUCUAAAUGAAUCUUGUCUAAAUAUGUUGUGCAGGCCGUGGUGCCGUUUUCCUUGUAACAAGGAUUUAUUAGUGAAUUAUCCCAAGUACUCCAUAUAUCUGUCUGUGGUUGUAUGAAAUGAAAAAAGGGGCAGAGUGCAAAGACCCACACUCACGCACACGCGCUUCUUCUCCCACCCCCACCCCCUUCAAACUUUAUUCGGAACCUUCCUUUGCUGUUCUGGGGCCGCUAUUGUAAAAGCCUGGGCUCCCUCUAGUAGCUUGCGCCACCCCCCCUCGCUCAGUUAUUCUGCAUGCGGGGUUGGCUCUCUCUAUUAUCAGCUUUGAAAACUUAUCCUAGUUUUGGGAGGGGUGCCGUUUUUAUUUUCCUGAACAUUUGCUUGAAAUAUUUUGUUAGGGCUUCAAAGACGAUACCUGUCUUUAUUUUUUAUAUAUUCUUGAUAACUAUGAUAUAUUUAUUAAUAACCAGUGUUUCUGGAUGAGAUUUCAAAUAAAAAAGAACCUUUAAAUCGUG